GCAUGUCUGUGUGACUGUGGGGUUUGGUGGAUUCAGACGCCAUUUAGAUGCCCCAAAGCACACACUCAUCGCUGACUCUCACCAUCAUCUUCCUCAUCAGACAUUAUCCACGGGCAACACUCAGGAUCAAAAGCAGGCAUGGAGUCAGGGUCUGAAAGAAAUGCUGGACUGGAUUCUGCACCAAGGGGGAAAGCUGGUCUGGAGUCUGGUGAGGACUGGAUUCCAGAAGAUGUGGCUCAAUGGCUGGAUCACAUUGGAGUGUCUCAGGAGCACGAGCCCGAGCCCGACGGAGGUCUCUCUUUGUACCAUAGUUUCCCAGGAGCCUUUGCACUGGAGGAUGUGGUUUUGUGCCCCCCAGAGACAGUCCCCUUCACCAUCAACAAUGACCCCCCCUCAAUGACCACCCAUCCACUGUUACUGUCCACCCACCCCACCCAUCCCACCUCCACACCUGCCAGGGAACCAGGUGAUGCAGCCUUGGCGUUUGUGUCCCACCCCUGUGUGAGCGCCAUGCAAGGAGAGGAGGAGGAGGGCAGGAGUCUUCUCUCAAACACCAUACAAGAACAAACCAGCUACAGGGGAGGCGGAGGAGGAGGAGGAGGGCCUCAGAGUGACAACCUGAACCCCAUGCAGCCCUCCCAGGUGGCCUCCCCACCGCCCAGCAGUACAGACUGUAGCGGCCCCCCCACCUCAGACAGCCAACUACCACCUUACCCCCUUACCUUCCCUCACCCCCCACUAGCUCACCCCCAGUUCCCCGAGCUGCGCUGGGCUCGGCAGGAGCCUCAGGGGCAGGAGCAGCAGGCUGACGGUAGCUCCCUGGAGAAACAUGGACCCCCCCAGCCCCCCCAACCCUCCCUCCAGCCCAGCUUAGAGGAGCUGCCGAGCUACGAGCAGGCCAAGGCCCAGACCCAGGGACAACGCCACCACCAGGACCAGCUCUAUUACACACUGGAGGACCAGGAGAGCCUACCUGGCCCCUCUCACACCCCAGACAGACAGCCCUCAGCCUGGACCAGCUUAGCUCCCGACAGCCGCUCUGAGACCUCUAGCCCUGACACCAACACUGACCCCUCUCCUUUCUCCAGCCCCAGCCCCAGCCCACCCCUGGGCCCUCAGCAAGGCUUUAUCUGUGAUGGGGAUGAGGCUGAGGGUUUGUCUAUCUGGGGUGGAGCGGCCAUUGGAGUCUCUGCUCUGAGGGAACUGAAGCAGGGUCAUGUGUACUCCCUCAGCCAGAGGAUCCUCCAACUCAGCAUUGAGACCAAUGGAACUAGUAACCCUCCCUCUAACAACCCCUCCCCCUGUUACCCUGCACCCCUAAACCUAACCCCACUCACAGGAUCAGGAGACCCCCGCGGACCCCCGCCAGAGUAUCCCUUCAAGCCCCCCCAGUCGCCCCCCUGCUCCCCCUCAGGGAAACCCCAGCCCCCCUCCUCUCCCUCUGAGCUAGGCCCUCUCUUCAUCGACCCCCCCUCUUCCACAAUAAUGGACUGGUCCACAGCCCAGCCAACCAGAGCUGAUAGCAACCCCCCACCUGAGUACCAGAGCAGGCGGCACCACCCCGGGACCCUAGGGGGUCCCUCAGUCCAGUACCACCACAGUCCCACACCCUCCCAGAUCCUAUUUUCACAGACCCACACCUCCACCCUUCUCCCCAAGAUCCAGCCCCAGACUUCUACCCUUGUCUCUCAGCUCCAAGCCCAGCCUCAACAACCUACCCCAGGCCCCUCCGGUGCAGAGGUAGUCAUGGCAGCCAAGGUGCAGCAGAUGGUCCAGCUGCUGUGUGAGGAGAACCAGACUCUGAGACAGGAGCUGCUGACACACAGAGAGAAGGCCUCCAAACUGCACUGGUUAGAGGAGGAGCUCCAGAAGAUCUCUGAAGAGUAUGAUUGGCUGAUGAAGAGCUCGUCAAAGAGGGAGGGGCUGGACCGAACCAUGAGGUGCAAACUGGAGGGGGAGAUUAGACGCCUGACAGUCUUCAACAGAGACCUGAGAGAUUGCCUAGAGACUGCCAAUCAACAGCUAGCGUGCCGUGAGCCAGAAGGAGAGGAGGAUGGACAUGCUGCUGAGCUUAGAGAUGGACUGAUAGAGAAAGAGCGUUUGGAGGAGGAGGUGGAGGAGCAGCAGCAGAGGGCAGAGAGACUGGAGUCAGCUCUGAGCAGCGCCCAGCAGAGAGCUCUACACCUAGAGGAGGAGCUGCGUGUGAAGUGUGUGUACGCGGCGCGUGUGGAAGGGUUGCAGCAUGCUGUGGUGCAGUUGCAGACGACUUGUGAGAAGAGAGAGCAGCUGGAGAGACGCCUGCGCACACGGCUGGAGAGAGAGCUACACACACUGCGCACGCAACAGAGAGUGUGUGUGGGUGUGUGUGGGACCUCUGCACCAGGUGUGUGUGGGGGUGUAGGGGAGGGCAGUGCCCCUGCUCUGAGGGAGCUGCUGAGGCAGAGGGAGGAGAGGGUGCUGGCUCUAGAGGCUGACUCUACCCGCUGGGAACAGAAGUACCUGCAGGAGAACGCCAUGAGACACUUUAACAUGGAGACUACUGCUACAGCCAACGCACAGAGGGACACUCUGGUGGUACACUCUCGCAGUGGUAGCUACAGUGAGAUGGCGGGCUGCACACUGUGGCAGGAGGAUGGUGUACAGCAGGCUACCAGACGCUGCAAUGACAUGGAGCACAGGAUAAGGAACCUGUAUGCCCAACUGAUAGAGAAGGAUGCGUUGAUAAAGGUUUUACAGCAGCGGAACUCUCGCCAUGACCUCAGCGCCCUCCGCCCUGCCCGCUCCACCCCCUCCAUCUCCUUAGCAACAGGACUGCACCCACGACAAGCUUCUCAGACAGACGAGAGGAAAGAGAGAAACCUCCUCCCAUCCCUCCCCCUCCUCUCUUCCCCACCUUCCUCUUUAUCAACCACCUCCUCUCUCCCUCCUUCUGCUCUCUCCCUCCCUUCCAAUCUUGCUUUCUCAUCCACCAUCCCCUACUCCACUACACCUUCUCAUUCCUCCUCCACUCUUCCUUACUCCUCUUCCUCAACGCUUUCCCUAUCCUCCACCCUCCCUUUCUCCUCCACCCUCCCCCUCUCCUCCACCCUCCCCCUCUCCUCCUCCCUCCCCUCCACUCCUCUCCUGUCCUCCCAUUCUAAGACAGGCAGUAGAGACAGCAGCACUCAGACUGACAAAGGUUCAGAGACCCUCAAAAUCCUUCCCCUCCCCAGCAGAGCCUGGCUGGGAUUGGCCAGGACCCAGAGGACAGAUAAGACUAGAACCCAGCCCCCAAACCUACCAAGCACAGACUUAGUGGAGAUCCUAAUCUAAUGGACACGGAGGGAGGGAGAGCGAGAGAGGGUCUUGUGAAGCUGCUGCUGAAGGACUAAGGAUGAAACAAAUUAAAGUAUUGAUGGCUGACUGAUAGAAUAGAAUAGAGGAGAGAGACUGGCAGAGGAGUUGUGAUGGAAACUGGAGGCUCAUUGGAUGGUAGAGAGAGAGGGAGACCUCUGCCCUGCUCUAAAACGGUGCCUUUAGUCUGUCAAAGUUAUUUCCAAGGUGCAUUGCGUUGCUUUUCUGGUGUGUGCUCAUUCACCCAAGACAAGUGGGUGUGCGUGGGUGUGCGUGCGUGCGUGUGUGUGUUUUCAGUUGUUAAAUGCAUUUCAGAGGCAAUGUUACUUUGUUGUAAAGCAUGCAUUUUUGUUCAAAUGAACUGUACAGAAAGAUUAGAUUUGUAAAACUUGUAUUUCUGCUGAGAGUAAGAAUUGAUUUUGUCCACAAAGAGAUUUCAAACUUCUUUGAUUUUUAAGUGAAUUUUACUGUGCUGAGUGACAAUUAAUAUAAACAUGUACUCUGUCUCCCCCUGA